UUAAUCAUUUGCUUUUGUAUUGCAGGUGUAUGUAAAAUUUAUGAAGAACAUUUAAAAAGGCGAAACCCAAAUACUCCAACUAUUACCUAUGACAUCAGUCAAUUAUUUGAUUUUGUUGACCAGUUAACAGAUUUAUCAUGUCUUGUGUAUCAAAAAUCUACGAAUACUUAUGCUCCAUAUAAUAAGGAUUGGAUUAAGGAAAAGAUAUAUGUAUUAUUGCGUAGAGCUGCAGGACAUAGCGAGUAAUCAAUGUAUAAAGAUAGAUAUGUAUGCUUUUAUAUACAAGAUAACUAAAUAUCAUUCUAUAUUAUUAUUUGUUAUAAUAAAUCUAUAAUUUACAUUAUUUUAUUACUUUGAUACAAUAAUUUGCUAUAUAUUCUCCUCUUUGAGAAUAUAUAGUACACUGUCGAGUUUGCAAUUAAUAUUAACAAAAUAUUAAUGAUACUCUUUAUUACAUUUAAUAUAUAUAUUGACAUAGGACAUAUGUAUUAUCUGUAAAGAGAGAUAAAGAAAAAAGAAAUUUGCUGUAAAAGAAUCUAGUAAUUCUUAUUUUUAUCAAUGCUAAUAAUUAGAGAAUAAUAUCUAUAAAAAAAGACAUGAUUAGAUUUUUUUAUAUUUCUAUUUUUGUGUUUUUUAUUUACCAAAAUAUAUAAAAGUCUUUUACUUUUGUAUUACAUCUUUAAAAUCUUCUGAAAUGUAUUCCAUAAAUAAAUAACUUGAUUUGUGCAAUACUUGAUUUCUAAGUUAUAAAAAGAGUACUAAAGAAUAUAAUGAAUCUUAUUGUAAUAUGAAUUAUCGGGCUUGCACAUGUGCAUGCAUGGGUAUGUAUAUGUUUAUAUAAUUAUUCUCUAAUUAGAUAUUAAAUCAGUUGAUGUAUAGACUGCAUUCCAAUAUUCAUUGCCAUUACCGAAAACCUAUAGUGUACAUGACGUAAACUAUAGAUUUUUAGUAUUGGCAAUUAAUAUCGGAAUACAGCCAUAGUGUCCCAGCCAUAGUGUUUUUAAUUGAAAUAGUCGAAUAUUUUUGAAAUAAUUAUAUUCACUCAAAAAAA